AUGAUUAACCAUCUUCCAGAGUCGACUCUCUUCCAUGACGAUGCCCUUACUCCAGUAUUCUCGUGGAACAAGAAAGCAUAUACUGCUGAACGUUUGAUACAUAUUUUGCUGGAUAAGCAAGAAAGUGGCAGACUCUGUGUCAUGAUGCCAAUUAACGUAGCGCGUAAUGUAACAUUCCUGAUCAACAACACGAAGAUGGAAGAAGACAUAAAGUGUGACAACAUGGGUAUAUGGGCUUCAUUCGGGCUCCCCCAUGAGAUCCUUUGCGGUAUUGCAUAA